AUGCUCGGCGAGCAAACAGUGUUGACCUCGGCCCUUUUUGGGACCGAAGAGCACCUGAGAGCCCGGCUUUUGCCCAUCCUCCGCUCGUUUAUUAGCUUCGUUCACCCAAUGCUACCGAUUUUGAGGCGGCUGGUCUUGGGGAAUUAUUUUGAGGCUGAGAAAAAGAAUGCAGAAUUUAAAACAAUAAUUAGUGCUGAAAAAAAAUUUUUUUGCCAAAUGGUUAUCUUAUAUAAAAGCUGAAGGAGUUUUGAAAGAAGCCUUUCCAGUUCAAUUUUAUUUAAUAAAAAAACAGUUCAGGGAAUAAUUCCAUUCACUGGUUCGUGUGAACUAUAAAUCAUUGCCAGUAAUCUUGAUACUUUUAUUUUUUUAACGGACGAGGACUUUUUUUCAAUUUUCGGUUACAAUAAUAGAAAGAGAAGAUUAGUUUUUCUUAGUAUGCGAGAAAAAAACUAACAUUUUGUUUUUUUUUUUUUUUUCUUUGUUAUUUUCUACAUUAUCCAGUAAUUUCUCAGGAAAGUGGUCGCGCGGGUCGUGACGGAAACCCAGCGACAUGUCUUCUCUUCUACAGGAUGGCCGACGUCUUCAAGCAGUCCACCAUGGUCCAACACGAGAAGACCGGCAUCGCCAACCUCUACAAUAUCGUCCGAUACGCGACUGAAGUAUUUUUUGGUUUAUUCCAAAAGAAAAAAUGCAAAAAGGCAUAAAAUAGUAAUUUCUGACAAAAAAAAAAUCCUUUAUGACUCUCAAAAUUUUAGUUGUCUUUUCCAUUCUCUGACGGCUAUCUUGAAUUUUGCGGAAUCGCUUUGAGAAAGGCAUCAAAAUUGAAAUAAGCUUGACCUGAGUUUCAAUGAUAGGAUUCAAGGCAGGAACCUGCCGACGGAUGCGUCUCGCCGAGCACUUUGAGGAGGCCUGGGAACCGAGUUGGUGCCAAGAGAAAUGUGACGUCUGUCUGGAUUCCACGUCUUCUGUCUCUAAGUUCGACGUCGCCGAAGAAGCGCGUUCAGCCGUCGAUAUCAUCAAGGAGGUUGGAAAAUCUUCAGAGGAAUUGUUUGAAGAAUGAAAAGAGCAAAGUUCUGAAAACUAUUUGACAAAUUCAUUCACUUCGCUCUUAUUUUUCAGCUUUUUCAAAGAACGAUUGAGAUUUGAACGGCUAGAGACAGAGGUUAAUAGAAAGCUUCAAAAUUUCCAGAAAAGGCGAAAAAUGGCUCAUGAAAAGAUUUUAUAAAGAAACGUAAGUGGGGCGAUCGAUCAGGUUUGAAGAAUAUCUGCUUUUUCUUUUUCUUUUUAGAACGAAAAAAAUUUUUUUCGUGUUUAUCAUAUAAUUAUUCAAUUUUUUUCCAGAACUUGGCUAACGCAAAAGAUGGGUCCGGUAGAAUAACUGGAAACAAAUUGGCUGAAUUGCUAUCGAAAAGACUCAAAAAAGACAAGGUAAAAAAACAUGUUGAUAGACGUCAACUGAUUUUAGGACUUUUGUGAAUCCCUUGUCGUUUUUCUUCUUCUCAACGGGUUCUUGCAAGAAGAUUUCCAUUACACUGUAUAUUCUGUGAUCAGGUGAGAAAAAACUCAUUGAAAUUAUGAAUUUUUUGCAUUCAGAUUUGUACAAAAUUUGAAAUCUUUCAAACUGUAAAAAAUAAAAAAAAAUUCCGUUUGAACUUUCAGAAUGGUUAUAUCAAAUCAAAAUUUUUUUGAAGUGAAACCGAAAAAGUUUGAUUUUAGUUAUGUCGUCGUGGGUCCCCGGUGGAAAACGCUCGACAAAAAGCCGAUAAUGAUGACGAUUUCCGGAGGAUCGCCGAAGAAAAAUGAACGGAAAAGGAAAAUUGUUGUUCAGAACGAUAGUGAUGACGAUUUUGUCGUCUUGGAUUAA